AGAUGCAAUCCAAGUCGUUUGAGUCUAGGCCUUAUCUACAUCACACUAUCAGGACCCAGAGAGCACAGAUGCACCCCGGGAAGGGAGGGGACUGCAGAGCCGGAGGGAAUGGCCUCGUCCCUCCUGUCCUGGCACGGGGAGGGGACUGUGGGCAGAGCUGGGUAAUGAUUUGUCACCGGGAGGGCUGGGGUGUCUCUCUUUGCAGAGGAAACCUUGGCCGUGAUUGACAGCAGGGCUUUUUGCCUCUUCCCUCGCUGUUGACAGGUAAUAAUGAAGCUUUGUCAGUCCAUCAUGGACAUGGAUAUGCCAGACUACGUCGACUCCUUGGACUCCUCUUACACCAUGCUGGAGUUUGACAACCUUCGGGUGCUCCCCAGUACCACCGAGGCCAUUGCAGCUGAAUCAGCCAACACCAACCUGCUGACCAACGGCAUCAGCUCCCUCUGCUCCAUCUGUGGGGACCGGGCCACUGGCAAGCACUACGGGGCAUCCAGCUGUGAUGGCUGCAAAGGCUUCUUCAGGAGGAGCGUCCGCAAGAACCACGUCUAUUCCUGCAGGUUCAGCCGACAGUGUGUGAUAGACAAAGACAAGAGGAACCAGUGCAGGUACUGCAGGCUGAAGAAAUGCUUCAGAGCUGGCAUGAAGAAAGAAGCCGUGCAGAACGAGCGCGACAGGAUCAGCAUUCGCAGGAGCAGCUACGAGGACAAUGGCUCCCUCUCCAUCAACGUGCUCACGCAGGCUGAGGCCAUGGCACAGCAGUAUUCAUCGCUGAGUCCAGUGCACAGUGCAGACAUUGCAAUGAAGAAGGUUGCAACCAUCAACGAUGUGUGUGAAUCCAUGAAACAGCAGCUUCUGGUGCUGGUUGAAUGGGCAAAAUACAUCCCGGCGUUUUGUGAGCUCCCUCUUGACGACCAGGUUGCCUUGCUCAGAGCCCACGCAGGGGAGCACCUGCUCCUGGGGGUAGCCAAGCGAUCCAUCCCGUACACUGAUUUUCUCCUAUUAGGGAAUGACUUCAUCAUCCCCAUGCACUGUCCAGAGCUGGAAAUUGCUCGUGUAGCCACCAGAAUCUUGGAUGAGUUGGUGAAACCCCUGAGGGACAUCCAGAUUGAUGACAAUGAGUACGCUUGCCUUAAAGCCAUCAUCUUCUUUGACCCAGACUGCAAAGGCCUGAGCGAGCCAGGGAAGGUGAAGAACAUGCGCUUCCAGGUCCAGGUCAACCUAGAGGACUACAUCAACGACCGGCAGUACGACUCCCGGGGCCGGUUCAGCGACAUUCUCCUCCUGCUGCCCCCCCUGCAGAGCAUCACCUGGCAGAUGAUAGAGCAAGUCCAGUUUGUAAAGCUCUUUGGGGUGGCCAGGAUCGACAGCUUGCUGCAGGAGAUGCUGCUGGGAGGAGCCACCGUUGAUCUCCAGUACCAGUCAGGACCUCCCCACCUCAACCUGGAACCACUGCCAGGACAUGUCCUCCCAAGCAGCAUGAGCUCUGUGAUUCACGCCGCUCCAGACCCAUCUCCUGAAACAUCCCUUCCAUCUCCUUCUACAAGCACAGGCAGUGAAGACUAUAAACUAGGCCCUAGCACAGGACCCAGCGCCGUAGCGCAGCUCUUGCCUCAGACAGUGAUACCCAAGCAGGAGAUUUUAUAGGGAGAGGUGGAAGGAGAAGCUGGGAGCAAUGUGAAUGAAAACUGUGCUGAAAGUGAAACGGGCCCUUUCUCUUUGCAGAGGCAAAGCACAGCAGCCCCCUGCCUGUAGCUGGAUCUGCUGGUCACACGCUUUCCCGGCCGUGAGUCCCACCCCAGGCACCAGACUGCAGCAGGAGCCUCACCACGGGUCUUCCCACCACCAUCACCCUCAUUUCACAAGGGAGUGGAGAUAAUGCUCUUCUCAGCAGGACCAAGACUGGAAGCUCUUUGGAGCAGGGCUUCUGAUUGCAUUCCUUAUCACCCAGCUCGCUGUGAUCACCUCCCUUUGAAAGCCCUUGGCUGCUACCUUCAGAAAACCAACUGCUCCUGGCCAUUGUUCACAAGCACUUGAAUGGUCAGUACAAAAAGGUCUCUUCCCACCAAAAACUUAAUUAAACUCCCAUUUCUCCUACUCCCUGUGAAGCUUUAGGAAAAAUAUCUUCCUGAUCCUUAGCAGCCCAGUGCUUUGUUAUUCCACCCAGAUGCAUCUUGUUCCACAUAGACUAGCAACCAUUCAAUGCUGAUCAGUUCUUGCUCAUGAUCAGGAAUGUCAACGUUUGGUUAUUUCCCAUAAUUUCCAGUGUAUCUAGAGUCCAGCUAUGAGCUGAUGCAGAUCUAAGGCAGCUCCCAGAGAGCAACAAGGAUCUCUGCAUCAGACCAUGGCUGCUGGGUCUGGUAAAACCCCGGAGAAAAACCCAAACCAAACAAAAACUCCCUGGCAGGAAGCCCAAGCUGUUGGCUUAAAUCACUGCCAUGUGUCUUCUGCAAACUUUUACUGCAAACAUACUGGGAAGAAGCAAAUUACAAUUUAAAGUAUAACUUAACCACCUCUUGCACACGUUAAAAACUAUUCAAAAUUAUCCCAACAGAUGACUAUACAACUCAAACUCUUCCUGAAGUGUGGGCAGUGUGUUAGGGUGUUUCUUUUGCAUAAAUUGAGCUUCACUAGAGAGCAGACUUCUACAAAACUUAUGCUUAUCUGCAUAGAAGUCCAAUGACCUCCACCAGAGAGCUCUUGAGGGGCACAGGGGGCUGUACUGAACAGCAGGACACAAUGGAGAAGUCUUAGCCCUGCCACGUGGCCCAAAUCCCCGGCCCCACACGCAUCCCCUUUCACAGCAAACAUGAGAUGGUGGUGGCCAGUUGUGGAGGCUUAUUCCAUCAAUGCUCCAGAAGCACUUUUGAGCUCCUUGGAUGGAGGACACUGUGGAAAUGCAACGGUAUUAACUGAAAAAGAAGUUGGGAAGAGCACCUGAACCUUGAUCAGAAGGGGAAUACUUUGUAUUUCAUUCACUGGGGAGACGUUUUAGAGCCACCAUUAUACAGCACAAGAGAGACCUGAAAACCACUGAAGCCUGGGUUGAAUUUCACCUUGGAUCACCAUGUUCUAUUUUUCUACAGUCUGUGACGAAUUUGAUCUGACAUGAAAUGCUGAUAACUUUGAUUUGAAACAGCUAUAUCUGGAAACCAGGUUCCACUGCAAGCAUUCCUGCUGCAUGACAGAUGUAACUGUACUUACCUAACAUUGCUUCCAGUUCCUCCACCGUGGAGAUUCCACUACUUUACUAGAAAUUAAAUGUAUGUUAUACUCAUUAAUGGUAAGAAAAUAAAUCCGUGGGGGAAAUAA